UAAAAAUGAAGACUCUUUCGUUUUGGUCAACCUUCUCUACUUUUAUGCCUCAUGAUCGUUUUCACUCAUUUCUUGUUUGGUUCUCCUUGUUGCCUUCUCCUUUCUUCUACUACCAUACUAUUCAAUUUCAAAAUAAUAAAUAAAGAAAGAAAAAAAUAUUUUUUUUUUACUUCCUCUCCCUCUCCCUCUCCCUCCUCUCUGUUUGGUACCAAUAUUAUUUUCCCAUUUCGAAUAAGAUAAAAGAAGAAAAAUAAUUGAAGUUGAAGCAACCUGCCCUUAUGGAUUGUCCAAUUCUUCUCGAGCUACUAGUUGAAUUGCAAACAACAAGGAGGGAAAAGGGUUUUUGGAAUAGCUGUUAAAUUGGAGACCUUUUGAUAAUUAACGGCGGAUAGAUGGCUGAAAGCUGGGAUGGAAGUUAUGGUCAUGGUAGCCAAUCGGAUGAAAGUUAUCAGUUUGAGAGACUCCAUGUAGAGCCUAUUUACGAUGCAUUUGUUUGCCCUUUAACAAAGCAAGUUAUGAGUGAUCCUGUCACCUUAGAAAAUGGUCACACUUUUGAACGCGAAGCGAUAGAGAAGUGGUUCAAGGAAUGCAGGGAGAGUGGAAGGAAGUUGGUUUGCCCUUUGACACAAAAAGAAUUGAGAAGCACAGAACUAAACCCCAGCAUGGCUUUGCGGAACACCAUUGAAGAGUGGACUGCUAGGAAUGAAGCUGUUCAACUUGAUACGGCAAGGAGAUCUCUAAACCCAGGCAGUCCAGAGAGUGAUGUUUUGCAUUCUUUGACGUAUAUACAAUACAUGUGUCAUAAGAGCCGGUCGAAUAAGAAUGCUGUGCGCAAUGCUGAUUUAAUACCUAUGGUUGUUGAAAUGUUGAAGAGUACCAGUCGUAGAGUCCGGUGCAAAGCUUUGGAAACGCUUCAGAUUGUGGUCGAGGAUGAUGCUGAUAAUAAGGCAAUACUGGCUGAGGGUGACAACGUGCGGACAAUAGUUAAGUUUUUGUCUCAUGAGCAAUCCAUAGAAAGGGAGGAAGCUGUCUCAUUGUUGCUUGAGCUCUCAAAAUCCGAAGCCUUGUGCGAGAAGAUUGGUUCAGUCAAUGGAGCAAUUCUCAUACUGGUUGGAAUGAUAAGCAGCAAAUCAGAAAAUCUUUCAACUGUUGAGAAAGCUGAUAAAACACUGGGAAAUCUGGAGAAAUGUGAAAACAAUGUACGGCAGAUGGCUGAAAAUGGCAGACUGCGACCUCUUCUGAAUCAAAUUCUUGAAGGCCCACCAGAAACUAAACUGUCUAUGGCUUCAUACCUGGGUGAGCUGGUCAUGAACAAUGACGUGAAAGUCCUUGUUGCAAGAACUGUUGGUUCAUCUCUAAUCAAUAUUAUGAGAAGUGGUAAUAUGCAGUCAAGAGAAGCUGCCUUAAAAGCUUUGAAUCAAAUUUCUUUUCACGAGGCAAGUGCCAAGGUUUUGAUUGAGGCCGGAAUUCUUCCUCCUCUUGUCAAAGAUCUCUUCACAGUCGGCACCAAUCAGCUUCCCAUGCGUCUCAAAGAGGUCGCGGCAACAAUUCUCGCCAAUGUUGUAAACUCAGGCGAUGACUUUGAUCUGAUUCCUGUUGGACCUGACCAUCACUCUCUUGUUUCAGAAGACAUGGUGCAUAACCUCCUCCAUCUAAUUAGCAACACUGGUCCAGCUAUUGAGUGCAAACUUUUGCAGGUUCUUGUUGGGCUGACUAGUUCUUCAUCUACUGUUUUAAAUGUUGUUGCUGCCAUUAAAAGCUCAGGAGCUAUCAACAGUUUGGUUCAGUUUAUUGAGGCUCCCCAGAGGGAUUUGCGUGUAGCUUCCAUAAAACUUCUCCAGAAAGUCUCUCCACAUAUGGGCCAGGAAUUAGCUGAUGCUCUCUGUGGCGUGGUGGGCCAGCUAGGAAGCCUUUUCAAAGUUGUAGCAGAAAACAUAGGAAUCACAGAAGAGCAGGCAGCUGCUAUUGGCCUUUUAGCUGAGCUCCCAGAGAGAGAUCUGGGCCUCACUCGGCAGAUGCUAGAUGAAAGCUCCUUUCCACUAAUCAUCUCCAGAGUGGUAAAGAUCCAACAGGGUGAGAUUAGGAGUGCCCGCUUUAUGACACCAUUUUUUGAAGGACUAGUACGGGUUCUAUCAAGGGUCACAUUUGUGUUGGCUGAUGAACCAGAUGCCAUUAAGCUCGCCCGUGAGUACAAUCUCGCAGCUCUUUUCAUCCAACUGCUUCAGUCCAACGGACUCGACAAUGUACAGAUGGUCUCUGCCAUGGCAUUAGAGAACUUGGCUCAAGAGUCCAAAAACUUAACAAGAUUGCCUGAGUUGCCGCCUCCUAAUUUAUGUGCCUCAAUCUUUUCGUGUUUUAGCAAACAGCCUGUCAUAACUGGAUCGUGCCGGCUCCACGGAGGAACAUGUUCCCUAAAAGAAACAUUCUGUCUUCUGGAAGGACAGGCUGUUGAGAAUCUGGUAGCUCUUUUAGAUCACACAAAUGAGAAAGUGGUUGAGGCAGCACUUGCAGCAAUCUCUACUUUGUUGGAUGAUGGGGUUGACAUUGAACAAGGGGUGGCGGUGCUGUGUGAGGCAGAGGGAGUUAGACCUAUACUUGAUGUUUUGCUGGAGAAACGGACAGAGAAUCUGAGAAGGAGGGCAGUUUGGGCUGCUGAGAGACUUUUACGAACUGAUGACAUAGCAUAUGACGUUUCUGGAGAUCCAAACGUGAGUACUGCACUUGUUGAUGCCUUCCAGCAUGCUGACUAUCGGACACGGCAGAUUGCUGAGCGUGCCCUGAAACAUGUCGAUAAGAUACCCAACUUCUCUGGCAUCUAUCCAAAUACAGGUCAGACCGCUUUCUGAUCCAGGAGCUGUAUGUAAUCCACCCUUUGUCCAGAGCCAUUUAUGGUUAUGGUAGCGUUAAGCUGCUGGUAGAUAUUGAUUUAAACCGAUUUCUCGUUUGUAGAGGAUUUUGAAAAUUUUCACUUCUUUUCUUUCUUAUUCCCCCCCCCCCCCCCCCCUUCUUUUCUUCCAUUUUUUAAUACGGUUGCAUGUAUUGUACUAGCACCAAGAGUGGGAUAUUGGUUAUUUUUCA